AUGGAGGCCAAGCGGAAGGCGAAUGGAGCCUCCGAUGCAGAGGACCGCAAUGCGAAGCGGCGCAGAGUAGCUCAAGAUUACGAUCUCUCCAAGGGCGAAUCCCGCGAAUCGACCACUGCGCAUGGACUGGUAUUUCUCGACCAGAUCCGUCGGACCGCCGACAAAAGUGGUCGACUUGUCGCGACGUGCUUUGAGGAGCUCGUCUCUCGCGAAAGCAACCCCGACUACUACAAAAGGACGCGACUGCCGAUUUCUCUUCAGACAAUUGAAGAAAAGCUCAACGAUGGCUAUUUCAAGAGCCUCGCAGAGCUGGAGAGCUACUUCAAGCGCAUGAUUGCCAACGCCAAAGAGUAUUAUACCCGCGGGUCACAAAUCUUCGACGAUGCCGAGCGAGUUCGCAAAGCGCUGAGCAACUACAUGACCAAGACAAACCCUGCAUACAGCAAUCGAUCCUACCAAGCAGUUCCUACUCCAUUGCCGCCGGAAAAUGCAGAUGAUGAGGAGGAGGAAGGAGAUGCAGAAGAGGAGGAGGAGGGAGACGAAGAUGCUGAUGGCGAGGACGCUGAGGACGCCGAGGAUGCUGAAGGCGAGGACGAAGAUGCAGAUGGCGAGGACGAGGACGAGCCCGAAGAAGACGAGCCGCCAAAAUCAAGGCGAAAGGCCAUUAUCCUCAAACGGAGAGGAUCUAGCCGCACUCGGAGAGGCUCCAACAACGAUAACCCAAGAACUCGGUCACCACCACCAGCUCGUCCCGAUCACGAGUACGAAAAUGUGCCAUACAAAGGGCUCACUUUCCAACAAGCUCAAGAAAAGAUAGUGGAAGAACUUUUACGACACCAAGAGCCAGACUAUGACGAUGCCUACUUCGAGCCUUUCAUUAACCUCCCUCCUCGAGCCUUGAGGGACUACUACAAGGUCAUUACUGAUCCCCUAUCGCUCAAGAAGCUGCAAAAAAUUGUCAAGGGCGUGCACGGCCGGAACGAUGCAACUGGCGUGAGCGACUUCAAGACGUGGAGCGCCUUUGAAGAAAAGUCAAAACUCCUCUGGACAAAUGCCUAUUUCUACAACGAAGAAGGCAGCGAUAUAUACGUGCUGGCACAAGAACUUGAGAAAAUGUUCUACAGCCACCUUAAGAAGGCACAGGCAGCUGUCUCAGAGCCGUUCCAGCAGAAAAUCAAGCUCAAGGUUGGACAAGGAGGAUCAGAGACACCCAGCUCGUCCAAGAAGAUCACUAUCCACGUUGGCGGGCGUGACAGCUCUGUAGCUUCGCCGGCCCCUCAAGCAACCCAAGCACCAGAGGCCAAUGGCGCGGUAAACACCAAUGGCUCUGCUCAGCUUUCAGCCAAUCUUGAAGCUCCUCGAAGUAUCUCAGCAUCUGCGCCCUCCCCGACUCCCUCAUCUCAGGUAGGACUAAAGGUGGAGGAUGGUUCGCGGGCGUCUCCCGCCGUUGCCAACGUACCAGCCGGGAUGGUAGGACAAACGGCCCUGCGACCUCCCAUUCCCGCGAUCCCGUCUCAGCCAUUCCAAACUAAUCCACUGGUCAAUGGCUAUGCGGAUCAGAGAAGAUUCCGCGCUACUGGUAAAGGAAUCGAAAGUGCACUGAUUGAAAAACUACGAAUUCAAACUCUUCCUAGCAUCCCGAAUGAGCGCCCUACGCUGCUCACCAUUUUGCCAAACGCAAAGGAGAUGCAGCAGUCUGCAACCGUCAACUUGCCGCAUUCUCAGACUCGCAUCUGGAUUGUCGUAACGCUGCCAUCUUUCCUACAGGAUCGUCAAUAUAGCCUGUGGACCCUGGUGGACAAGCAACCCUGGAAGCAGCUGAUGCAGCCUAUCCCGAACCAGACGCAUCACGAAAGAGCAUUUGAUGUUAUGCUGCAUCCUGGGCUCAACGUCAUCGAAACCCAUCUCAUCGCCGCAAUUCCGCGUCACGAAAGAGAACCGGGGGGCCCUGAGGCGGAAUUAGAAGUCUUCACUGUGCUGAUUAACGUGGCACGGCCGUACUAGACGUCGGGUGUCGUUCGACCAGGUAUGGAGUAGAGUGGGCAACUCUGUCCGCAUCUGCUCCGAGCCUCUGCAGGGGGGCAUUGUUCGGGCCAACUCUGCACAGCCCUUACUUAUGCGAGUCGACGGUCUUGAAAAUGCUAGGAGGGUGGAGUGGCGCGCGCUAAUCCGCCUUUUCCGUGUUGUUUUUGCGGAAAACUCACAUGGUUGGAGUUACUGGUAUCAGGUAAUAGCGAGCGACUCAGCCAAAAAUUCUGGGCUUUGGGUGGAACCUCUGGCAGGGUUGCGUGUGUCUUUUUGUGUCUUUGGUUUUUCUAUCUAAUGAUUUCGGCCGAGUACGGGUGACGGGCCAGGGCUGAUCCCUGUUUUCCGGCUGCCCUUAUUAUACAGUAUAAUGCCGUCGGAUGCGGAUGUGGGAUAGUACAGGUAUCGGCCUCCUCGUGAACAGGUUUAUGUACACCAUCACCAGUGGCCGUGCAGCGAAUCUCAGUUUGGGUAGCGCAAUAUUACUAUUGCUCUGUGAGUAGCCAAAGAGAUUAUUUGCAGUGUCUGUACCCAUGGAAUAUGUUGCAGCGGACAGCAGACGCUUACUAGUAUCUAGUAUAGAGGAAAUGUGAAAAGGGGGAGGAGAAAAAAAAACCUAAUUGUUUAUUUGAUCUUUACGCUCUAGUAGAUUUGCACAUUAGGAAAGUG